AUGACCGAGAACAGAGUCACACUCAUCACUCCUCCACUCACACUGCACACUGCAAACUUCACACUCACACUCAACACUCGCCACCAUCACAUACACCACUCAGACACAAAGCACAAGAUCAACAGAUUUAUUUAUAAAGUAAAGUUUGUCACAAAAAUCUGGCAUCCCAACAUUUCUUCAGUAACUGGGGCUAUUUGUCUUGACAUCCUUAAGGACCAAUGGGCAGCAGCAAUGACCCUACGGACAGUCCUACUCUCCUUGCAAGCAUUACUAGCUGCUGCAGAGCCAGAUGAUCCCCAAGAUGCUGUUGUGGCGAGACAGUUUAAAGAGAAUCACCCACUUUUUCUUCAAACAGCUCAGUACUGGUCACAUGUUCAUGCUGGAGCUCCCAGAGGAAACAGUGACUUCGCCAACAAGGUUCGAUGUUUGAUGGACUUGGGUGUUGGGGAGCAGCAGGCCCUUGUUGCAUUAUCAUCCUGCAACUGGGACAUGGAUCGGGCAAUCGAACAACUCUUCUCGUAGAUGCGUGUGGUUGAGGACACAUAGGUAAAGUUU